UCCAAAUUUUUAGUAAUUCCUAAGGUCUCGUUUCGUUUUGUUUACAUGUGUUUUUUUUUCUCUAGGAAUUAUUUUUAUUGCUCUAUAAUACUGACCUUUUGACUGAAGCACUCGAAUCGUAAUUUUUAUGGGCACCAUUGCCUUUAAAAUGCGGUCGUUAUCGCUUCAUCAACUUCGCAAUUAAUAUAACCCAAUCUUCUACCAAGCACGGGUUAUUCGAUAUAAUAUAAAAGAUGACCAAAAAACUUGCCAUAUCUCUCCUAAUAACGAUCACAACAAUUCCACUAAUACUCCGUUACUUUCUUAAGAGAAAAUACGAGAAACUAGCUCGCCAAUUGUACCAGAAAGACGACACCAGUUACUAUGAGUGUAUAUUUUUUGAUUACAAGAAUUUUCGCUGUAAGCCUCAUUUGAUUAACAAAGAGGAGUGUGGAGAUAAUUGCUCUUAUACUCGAUUGCGGAGAUUAUUACAUUACAUCGGCAGUGCCAAAAAAAGUAUUAGCAUGUGCAUGUACAUGUUAACUUUACAGCAAGUUUGCUCUGAACUUGUGAAAGCUAGCGAGAGGGGUGUUACUGUGAGACUGAUUACUGAUAAAAUCAUGGUGAAAACUUCUGCUGCUGGGUCGAAUAUACAGUAUUUACAGAAGCAUGGAGUAAUAUGCAAGACCCAACAAAAGGCUGAUAAAAUGAUGCACCAUAAAUUCUGCCUGAUUGAUGAAUGUGAUACAGGCAGUUCCAAGGUGUUUUUUGGUAGUCUUAACCUGACGGCCCAGGCCUUUUGUAAGAACUUUGAAGCACUUAUUUUAACAAAUAACAAAGAUAUCAUUCAGAGGUUGAGCCAAGAAUUUGAAGAAUUGUGGCAACUAAUGUAGGUUUUCCAAUACUUUUUUAAGUUUUGAUUUAGUUUGAAUAUUAAGAGUUUAUUGAUUGCUUGCAUUAUAAUUGCUGAUUAAUAUCUUCGUUUGAUGAAAUUUUAGGAAAUGUAGGGAGCUAACAUACUUAUUACUUUUUCAAUAAAAAAAAUCUAGUCUACAAUACUAGAAUUGUGUUUGUAUUGUAAUAAAAUUUGGAUUAUUCAGUA